AAUUUGGCAUGUCGCUUGUCGUAUCGUCGUUGUGUAAUUGGAAAUACCUAAUUUCACAAUAAAACGUACUAGAAACAAAACAAUAUAAAUAAUUUUAUUUUAUUUACAAAAUUGAAAACGGCAUUUUUGUUGAAAAUAUAAUAUUUAUUAUGUCUAAAAUAUUUACUCCCACAAAUCAGAUCCGUUUAACAAAUGUAGCGGUUGUAAGGCUCAAAAAAGGAGGCAAGCGUUUUGAAAUUGCUUGUUAUAAAAACAAAGUGUUAUCCUGGAGAAGUAACACAGAAAAAGAUAUUGAUGAGGUAUUACAAACACAUACCGUGUUUACUAAUGUAUCUAAAGGCCAAGCAGCAAAGAAGGAUGAACUGAUGAAAGCUUUUGGUAAAAGUGAUGAAACUGAAAUUUGCAAGGAAAUAUUAGCCAAAGGAGAGCUCCAAGUAUCAGAAAAAGAGCGUCAAUCUGUUUUGGACUCCCAGCUCAAUAGCAUUGUUAACAGUGUAGCGGCGCUAUGUGUCAACCCUGAAACUCGUCGCCCUUACCCAGCCUCCAUUAUUGAGAAAUCAUUAAAAGAUGCUCAUUUUUCGAUUAAAAUGAACAAAAACACGAAGCAACAGACUUUAGAUGCUAUCAAAUUACUUCGUGAACAUAUGCCCUUGGAACGCUCCCGUAUGAAGCUCCGCGUUUCAUUUGCCGGUAAGGAGUGUGGCAAUCGAUUGAAGGAAUCUGUAAACAAAUUAGCUACUAAGGUAGAGCACGAAGAAUGGGAUGACGCGACCCUUCACUUGACGUUACUUAUAGACCCUGGAAACUACCGCGUUAUUGACGAGCUUGUGCGAAAUGAAACUAAAGGCAAGGGUCUUGUUGAAUUGCUGGAGCUAAAAGAAGUUGUUGAAAGUGAGGAAGUAUUUUAGAUAACUAUAAUAAUUUCAUUCUCCUAAUUGAAUGUUGGCUGUAAAAACAAUAAAUUUUGUAAUAAUUCUUUAAAA